CUGAAAUGGCCACCACAACUGCGAAGGCUACCUCUAAUCCUGGCACCCCGAGGGCGGCUUGGGUUAGCGACGUUGGUGGCCGAACCAUAGAUGACGAAGAAAACUUUCUGCGGGUACAACUGUUCUCCAUGGCGUUGAUUGGCGUUCAGGAGCGUGAAACUGUGCCAAGUCGGAUCUAUUCUUACUUUUGCUUCUACUCGCUGCUGAUUAUGGACCUUUCGAUGGUCCUUUUUGCCGUGCAGCAUUUCGGCGAUAUGGUGCUAGUUUGUGACUGUUUGGGACCGGGGUUUACCGCGUAUUUGGGUAUGGUGAAGCAGCACUAUCUCAGCGAGCAACGGAAGCAGCUGUGGGAAAUUAUUUAUGCGCUGAAAAAGUUGAAACAGAUUGCAAAACCAGACGAGAUCAGGUCCAUUGAGCGAAACAAUCAGAUCGAUCGUUACUUGGCUACGGCUUAUUUGACCUCUGCCGUUAUCACAGGAUCACACUUUAUUGUAACAGCAAUUGUCAAGGCUGUCUACUCAAAGGUAGUCCACGGCAAAUUCGUAUGGCAGCUGCCUCUGCUCCAAAGUUAUCCCUUUGACAUCAGUCACCCACUGAUGUUCGCCGUGCUCUUUGUCUGGACCAGUGCAACCAUCUACAUGGUCGUGUUUGGCAGUGUUUCCAGCGAUGCCGCCUUCGGUGGACUGGCCUCCAACUUGGUCGUCCAUUUCAAGUUCAUUCAGGCCGGUUUCAGAGACCGCUCCUUCGAGGACAACGAUCCAUCGCUGAAGGAUCUUAUCGAGUACCAUAGGCAUGUGCUGGAUCUGUCGCGCAAGUUGAUUUCGGCGUAUCGACCCAUUAUGCUGAACAAUUUUAUCGUUGCGUCGUUUUUACUCUGUGUGCUGGGCUUUCAGCUGGUGCUGUUUAUGGGAUCCACAAUGAUGUUUCUUUACAUAGUUUUCGUUACAGCGAUUGUGAUACAGAUAACCUUCUUUUCCUACUAUGGAUCACAGCUGUCGCACGAAAGUGCGCUGGUUGGGGAUGCAAUCUAUUGUAGUAACUGGUAUGAAACAAGUCCCAAAACUAGAAGGCUUUUGCUGCAAUGUUUGAUGAGAGCUCAAGUGCCUGUGAAUAUAAGAGUGGGAUUUAUCGAGGCAUCUAUGCCAACCUUUCGUGCUAUUUUGAAUUCAGCUGGAUCGUACGUAGCUCUUCUUCUUUCAUUUACUGAUACAUAAAACUGAUUUUCACUGAUGGUAAAAAAUGUCAUCACUGUGUGAAAAACAAAGCAUCUUUGAAAAUGUUCGUAAACCUAAUAGCAUUUACACUUGGGAAAAAAUACACCAAUCCAAAAGUGUUUUCACACUGCAUAACCCUGCACCAACGCUAUAAGGGUUUUUAUCUUAAAAAACGCCAAUUAUUAGUUUUCAAAAAAAAAGGCAUAUCAUGUACACUUUAAUCUAGACUUUCCAACUGUUUACCUAGUUGAAAGUAGCUUAGUGUGACAAAAAAAGGAAAAUUAUGUAAAAUCUCAAGAGAUACCCCUUGCCUCGAUUCUUUAGACAUUUCAAAGUAACGGUGCCAAUUUAGAGGCAAAUCGGUUAUGGUUUAAGGGUCGCUUUUUAUAAGUUUAUAUGGGGAAAAGCGCAAAAAUAUAUGGGGAAAAGCAUCGCUUCAGGAUUUGGCAGCCGGUGGCGCAGGUCUCGCCCAAAAUUGCCUAAGUAUGAGAUUCUUCUAGGAAAUUUAAUUUUCUACAACGUUGUCGAAGGGUGCUAAAAGAUCCGAGUUGAACCCGAUGAUUUAUUAGCAAUGCGAUGAAAAGAAAUCGGCUUAUAUAUACUUGAAGGUAUAUAAGGGGUAUAUAGAAAGUAUAUAAGAAAAUACCUUUUUCUUAAAAACAAAAUCACCAAAAAUCAGGAUCAACUCGGAACGUUUUGCACCCUUGGGCAAAGUUGUAGGGAAUUGAAUUUUCUACAAGAUAUCACACUUGAACAAUUUUGGACGAGGCCCGCGUCACCUGGCAGAAAAAUACUGAAGCGACGUUUUUCUGCGAACGUUUUUGUGAUUUUCUCUAUAUAAAUUUCAACGAUAAAAAGCGACCUUAACCGAUUUGGCUCAAAAUUGGCACAGAGUCAGUGGGUCCCUUUAUAUCGAUUUUUUUCUAUUAUCACCCUAAUAUAGCUUUAUUGCCAAGCAACUAUUAGCUGAAAUUGUUUUAUUUUAAACAAUUAAAGAACGUGAAAACUAAGCAACAUAACAUUUAAAGUAUUUUUUGCUGCAAAACAUUACUAAGAAAAUUAUAAAAGUUUUUAGAAAAGGCAUAAAACAUUAAAAAUCCUAACAAGAAAUUUUGAUCAAACACCCUUUGACUAAGGCCUUGGAAAAGUUUAAGAGCAAGUAAAAUCAAGCAUAAAAAUAUAAAAUAAUGUGUUUCCUUCUCA